AUGAAUUUUGAGGACGGAUAUGACGCGCAGUCUGGCUCACAGAAUGUUGUCUUAGAGCAGCUUCAUAAUGCGAAGAGGAUGUACCAGUUUUAUUUGGAUAAAUCUGUUCCUCACAGCAGAGAGAGAUGGAUUGCACUUGGUGUUUUGAUCAUUCUAUUCAUGUUGCGUAUAACCUUUUCACAAGGUUGGUACGUGGUAUGUUACGCACUUGGAAUUUAUCUUUUGAAUCAGUUCCUAGCAUUCCUUACACCAAAAUUCGAUAUGUCCUUGCAGCAAGAUGAGGAGAAUAAAGAAUUGGAAGCAGGAGAAAAGUCUGAUGAGUUUAGACCUUUUAUCAGGAAGCUUCCUGAGUUUAAGUUUUGGUACAAUGCUGUCAGGGCCACGUUCGUUUCCAUUUGCCUUACAAUAUUUUCGGUGUUUGACAUUCCAGUUUUUUGGCCAAUUCUUCUCAUGUACUUUGUUAUACUAUUUCUCUUAACCAUGAGGAGACAAAUUCAGCAUAUGAUGAAGUAUAAAUAUAUUCCUUUGGAUGUUGGAAAAAGGAGAUACAAAGGUACCGCAGUAUAA